AAAAUUUGAUCUUGUGGUGCGCCCACCUAAGUUCCAUGGAGGAAUUUUGAUGAGAAAAUGAACUGGGGGUGGAAGAAGAUAGCCGGAGGCAUAUGCAUAGGGGAGUGAGCCCACCAUUGCGUUUUCUUCUUGGGUCCGAUUCCUUACCGAGCAAAUCUCAUUGGACUAUGGAUUCCCUGUGAUAAUCAUUGGCUUGAGAAUAAUUCUUUAUAGGGAAUCCAUGACUACGACAGAUAACAAACACUAACUAGGACCUAGACUGGUAGCUGAAGAAGCAAUAGAUUUGCAUGAAGUUGAAGUUGAGUACUAGUGCUAUACUCUUCAUUUUUAGACGACGUCUUUUCUUGGUGAACAAGUAUAAUAUCUGCUACUCAACAUCUUGUUUUCUAGCUUAAAAUAUUAUGCAUUCAAGCUUUCUGUUAUGCUUACCUGUCUUCUUGAGCAUGGAGCAAGUUCUGUUUGAAAUUUAGUGGGUUGAUUGCAGCAACAGGCCCAGGUGCAAAAUGGAUUUCUGGAUAGUUCUCUGUGGAAAAAAUGAAUGCCAAAAAAACAAUUUUGAAAGUGGUUGUAGCUCUGGAAUUAUGGCAAUCACGGAUCCAUCUUCGUGUGCCAAUCAUAUUUUGGUCAUUUCUGCUAAUAUCUUCCUCUCAUUCAUUCUUAUAUUCGCCUUCUUUCGGGGGAAUUCAUCCAGGAGGGUUGUAGCUGAUUCAGGGUUGCAAGGGCGACAGUUCAUUUCUCUCCUGUCAUUUUCUUGCCUUUUUGUCAAUGCAGGCAUAGCUUGUAUUUACAUCGGUUUGGGGACGUGGAUGAUUGGCAAGAAGUUGAGCAGUAAUCAAAGUCUUUCACCUCUUCAUUCUUGGCUUGUACUUCUAUUCCAGGGCUUCACAUGGCUGUUGCUCUCUGUAUUCGUGCUGAGCAAGAAGAGCCAAUAUCGUGCUCCUUUUAUUUCAGUGGUGAAACUUUGCUUUUUUACUGCUUUUCUAGCUGGAUUCCUCUGCAUUCUGUCCCUAAUGCAAUUAAUAGUCGAUAAACUGGUAUCUCUCAAAGGGGUGCUAGACGUGUUACGGUUUCCUGGAGCGCUUCUGCUUCUCUUCUGUGCUGUUCACGUGAAAAAGCAUUCAGAAAUUGGCAAAGAUACAAGCGUUGAAGCUUACUAUGAACCUCCGAGAGGAGAAGAAGCUGGUUUCAGGAUAACUCAAUUUGCCGAAGCCGGAAUUCUACAUAAAAUGUCGUUUUCCUGGUUAGAUCCGUUACUGAAGAAGGGUAAAGAGAAGACUCUUGAGGAUGAGGACGUUCCUCUAUUAAGGCCACAGGAUAGGGCCGAAACAUGUUACUCAUUGUUUAAGGAUCAACUGAAUAAACAUGAAAGAAACAAAAUUUGUGAUCAGUCUUCUAUUCUGAGGUCACUAGUCUACUGCCAAAGGAAAGCUAUUGUGAUUUCUGGGCUUUUCGCGCUGGUCAAGAUAGUAACCUUGUCCAGUGGCCCUGUUUUUCUGUAUGCUUUCAUUGAUCUUUCUGAAGGCAAAGAAGUUUUCAAGUAUGAAGGUUAUGCACUGACUGCAGGCCUUUUUCUGGCAAAAUGCUUAGAAUCACUAGCAGAGAGACAGUGGUUCUUUUGGACUAGGUUGAUUGGCCUUCAAGUACAGUCUUCGCUAACUGCAGCAAUCUUCAAGAAGCAAUUCCGUCUUUCAAAUGCUGCUAAACAUAUUCAUUCCUCAGGCGAGAUUAUGAAUUACGUCACUGUGGAUGCCCACAAAAUUGGGGAACUCCCAUAUUACUUCCAUCAGAUAUGGACAACAGGCCUUCAGAUAGGUAUGGCAUUGGUUAUCAUGUUCUAUGCUAUAGGACAAGCUACCUUUCCGGCUUUAGUGGUAAUUGUAUUAAGCAUGCUGGGGAAUUCCCCGGUGGCUAAAUUGCAGCACAAGUAUCUGCAUCAGCUUAUGGUUGCACAAGACAGAAUGCUGAAGGCUAUAACAGAAGCACUUGCACAUAUGAAAGUUCUAAAAUUUUAUGCUUGGGAAACACACUUCAAGGAUAUAAUUGGCUUGCUAAGGAAAGAAGAAUGGAAAUGCUUAGUAAAAGUUCAGGCACAGAAAGGAUAUUAUAUGCUGCUAUUUUGGUCAACUCCAAUCAUAGUAUCUGCAGUUACUUUCUGGUCUUGCUACUUGCUCAAUAUUCCUCUGACUACCAGUAGUGCUUUCACCUUUCUUGCCACCAUUCGCAUAGUUCAGGAGCCCAUAAGGUCAAUUCCAGAUGUUCUCGGAGUUUUCAUUGAAGCAAAGGUUUCAUUUUCUCGGAUUGCAAAAUUUCUUGUAGCACCUGAGUUGCAGAGCAGCCCUAUUCAUCACUGUCCACAGGGAUUUGAAAUUGAGCAUUCCAUACUCAUUAAUGCUAAGAGAAUUUCAUGGGACAUUGAUUCUUUAAAUCCAUCCCUAGUAUAUAUCAAUCUUUUGGUUAAACCAGGUCAAAAGGUAGCUAUAUGUGGAGAAGUCGGUUCAGGUAAAUCAACUCUCUUGGCUGCAAUUCUUGGAGAAGUUCCAUGUAUUGAUGGCAGGGUCGAAGUGCAUGGAAAAGUUGCAUAUGUCUCUCAGGUUGCAUGGAUUCAAACCGGGACUAUCCAACAAAAUAUUCUCUUUGGAUCCACCAUGGAUCAACAUAAAUACCAAGAUGUACUUAAACAGUCUUGUUUACUUAAAGACCUCGACAUGCUUCCUUUUGGUGACAAAACAGUUAUAGGAGAGCGAGGCGUCAAUCUCAGUGGUGGGCAGAAGCAACGUGUUCAGCUUGCUCGUGCACUGUAUCAAGAAGCAGACAUAUAUCUGUUGGAUGAUCCAUUCAGCGCUGUUGAUGCACAUACAGCGAGCACUUUAUUCAAUGAAUAUGUCAUAGGAGCUUUGUUCAAGAAGACAGUGCUACUAGUGACUCAUCAAGUUGAUUUCCUUCCAGUAUUUGACUCUAUAUUGUUGAUGUCUAAAGGAAAAAUCCUAAAAGAAGCUACCUAUAGCAAGUUGCUGGAUUCCAGUCAAGAAUUUCGCAAUCUUGUUCAUGCGCACAGCGAAGCUGCUAUGAGUGCAGGACAUAGUUCUCAGAAAAGACAGAAAACUUCUCAAGAUGUUAUCCAGCAGAUCCAUUCUGGGGAGCAACUAGCAGCACCUCUGUGGGAGCAGUUGAUCAAAGAAGAAGAACGAGAAAUUGGAUAUAAUGGUCUUAAGCCAUACAUACAAUACCUAAGUCAAAGCAAUGGUUUCUUUUACCUGUCCUUGGGCGUUUUAUCCCACCUUGUGUAUAUAAUUGGCCAGUUAAUUCAAAACCUUUGGUUAGCUACUAAUAUACAAGAUUCUAGUCUUAGCGAGUUGAAACUAUUAUCCAUAUACUCGUUUAUAGGGUGUGGCAUGGCACUGUCCUUGCUAUUAAGGUCUUGUGUAAUUGUCCUUUUAGGUCUUAGGGCAUCAACAACAAUUUAUUCCAAGCUCAUGGACUCCCAUUUUCGUGCACCAAUGUCUUUUUAUGAUUCAACACCACUGGGAAGAAUACUCAGUAGGGUAUCUUCUGAUCUCAGUGUUGUGGACCUUGAUCUGUCACCGAGAUUCAGUAUGGCUUUUGCUUCGACAAUGACCACAUAUUUCAGCUUAGGCAUACUGGCAUUUCUUACCUGGCCAAUCUUGUUUGUCAUCAUUCCUACAGUGUGUGUAACCAUACUCAUACAGAUAUACUACUAUUCUUCUGUAAAAGAGUUAAUCAGGAUACAUGGCACAACCAAAUCUUCAGUUGCUAGCUAUCUCUCAGAAUCGAUAGUUGGAGCUAUGACUAUUAGAGCUUUCGGAGAGGAAGAUCGUUUCUUCUUGGAUAGUCUGAAGCUUAUUGACAGAAAUCAAAGUUCCUUCUUUCAUAGCUUUUCUGCAAAUGAGUGGCUGAUGCAACGACUGGAAUUGCUGUGUGCCAUCAUUCUGUCCUCCUCAGCGCUUGCCUUGACUUCAUUGCCCCUUGGAGCUUCUGAAUCUGGAUAUAUUGGCAUGGCUCUAUCAUAUGCUCUUUCACUCAAUUUAUACCUUGCCAGUUCCGUCCAAACCCAAUGCAUGCUAGAAAAUUCAAUUGUCUCAGUAGAAAGGCUGGAACAAUACAUGCACAUCCCCAGUGAAGCUCCAGAAGUAAUAGAAAGCAAUAGACCACCUCCCAAUUGGCCUUAUAUUGGUAAGGUGGACAUACAAGAUCUGAAGGUAAGGUAUGGGCCGAAUGCUCCACUGGUUCUGAAAGGCAUCACCUGUACGUUUGAAGGAGGGCACAAAGUUGGAAUAGUUGGCAGGACAGGCAGCGGGAAAUCAACACUCAUCAGUGCCUUAUUUCGCCUGGUAGAGCCUGCAGAUGGAGCAAUUCUCAUAGAUGACCAGGACAUUUCAACCUUUGGGGUUCAUGAUCUUAGGUCACAUUUGGCGAUCAUUCCUCAAGAUCCAACUUUGUUUGGUGGGUCGGUCAGAUACAAUCUGGAUCCCUUAUCAGAACAUAACGAUCAAGAAAUUUGGGAGGUUCUCAGAAAAUGCCAGCUUGGAGAUGUUGUUGAGAAGAAAGAAGGGGGCUUAGAUUCAUUUGUUACACAAGAUGGAUCAAAUUGGAGCAUGGGACAACGACAACUAUUCUGUUUGGGACGAGCAUUGCUGAAGAGAAGGAAGAUACUAGUUCUUGACGAAGCCACGGCAUCAAUUGAUAAUGCAACAGAUUCCCUCAUCCAGAAGACGAUACGAAGCGAAUUCUCAGACUGCACUGUGAUUACUGUGGCUCACAGGAUCCCAACAGUGAUGGAUUGCACAAUGGUUCUUGCAUUAAGGGAUGGAAAUGUGGUGGAGUAUGAUGAGCCCAUGAAGCUGAUAACCGAAGAAAAUUCGCUUUUUGGUCAGCUUGUGAAAGAAUACUGGUUACGCUCUGAGCACGCUAAACCAGUAGGAAGAAACUGACGAGUAACUGGUCCGGCGGUUGCAUAAACUCGAUGAUACUUAUCACUUUUUCUUUUUUCUUUUUUCUUUUUUCUUUUUUUUUUUAAAGUGAUAAUUACUUAUCACUUUUUCUUGAAAACGAUUUGUCGAGCCAACAGUUGUAUUUUUCCGAAACAGAAACGGGAAAAGUAGAUAAAGAGCUACGUACCCUUUGCUUUCCGCCAAAGUAGAGAGCCAAAAUAUCCACAGGGUGCUAUUGAUACGAGAAGAGAAGAGGCAAGUGAUAUUUUAAAAGUUUUAAAUGUGUAAAAUUAUAUUAGGAAAAAUAUUAUGGAAGAUUUCUAAUAUAUUUUGGAUAGAUUAUUAU